UAUAGAAUAUUGAAUGUCGUGCGUCAUGGACUUCCAGAUGAUGCACGUUGUCUCGCUUACGAUCCGGUACAGCGCUUGUUAGCUAUAGGAAGUGGGCAUGGAGUUGUUAGAGUUAUAGGUGACGUAGGAGUAGAUUUUGCCUUAAAACACGAGACGGAUCACGCCGUCAAUCAUGUUCAGUUCCUUAUCAACGAGGGUCGUCUGGUCACAGCUUGUUCUAAUGAUAUUAUACAUUUAUGGGAUUUUCGUCAGAAAGUUCCAGAAAUUAUACGGAGUGUCCAGCUGAACAAGGAAGCGGUUACAUGUAUUCAUUUACCUAUGAGUAGUAAAUGGUUAUACGUUGGCACGGAUAAGGGAAAUGUAUAUUUUGUUUCUAUUGCAACAUUUCAAUUGAGCCCGUAUAUCAUUAAUUGGAAUAAAGCUAUUGACUUGAGCUGUCGGGUACAUCCUGGAUCUGUCAGGCAGAUAGGUGUUUCUCCUGUCGAACCAGGCAAAAUUCUUAUUGCAUUCGAUAAAGGCAUUCUUGUGCAGUGGAAUCUCGCUACAAAAGAAGUCGAUCGUUUCCCGUAUGAUCCGCCUAUAAAGUGUUUCAGCUGGCACUAUGAAGGUAGGAUGAUAAUGACAGGAAAUGUGGAUGGAUCCAUCUCUGUAUAUAAUAUGAGAAAGACCACCGAACCACAGCAACGAACUUCCCCACAUGGACAAGGUCCUUGUCGACCCAUUAACGCCAUAGACUGGAAGCUUACGUCUGACGGAGAUCAGUUUGUCAUCUUCUCUGGCGGUAUGCCGACUGAAGAUGGUUUGCCUGUCCCUGCGCUCACCUUUCUCCGUGCCUCCAAAUCGGCUACCGUUCUUGAGAUGGAGCACCCGAUAUUAUCAUUCGUUACUCUUCCAAAUAUUCCCUUCACAUCGUGCCCGCAGCAGCCGCAGGCAUUAGCAGUUUUGAUGAAAGGAGAGUUGUUGAUGCUCGAUUUACUGACGGCUGGGUAUCCCUGCAUCGAAUCACCGCAUGCAAUGGACCUGCACGAAGUUCCCGUAACUUGUGUCGCGUACUAUUCAGAUUGUGCCAGUGACCUCAUUGGAGCCAUCACUCUAGUUGGCUGCAAGCAAAGAAGGAAAGGAUUCAGCGAAAAGCCAUGGCCAGUAAGUGGAGGAAUUGGAAGGGAAUGUGCUACAGGUCACCAAGAACUGAUUCUUACUGGGCAUAAGGACGGUUCUGUACGUUUUUGGCAAGCGUCUGGAGAAAAUCUACAAUUUCUGUACCGUCUCAAAACAACAUCCCAUUUCGAGCGACUAGAAGAAUGGGAAGGUUGUGAAAAGGUUUCCCAUGCUGUAAAAUCGAUCGAGCUCUGCGUUGAUUCUCGGCUGCUUCUUGUAUGUGGCGUCUCUGGGCAAGUUACACUGUUCCGUUUUACGAAAACGGAAAGUACGAACACUAUAGCGGUAGUGCAUAUACCUCAACCCAGUGCAUCGUCGUGUAAUGUUAGUGAUGAGCGUUCGCCUCCUGUACCACCACCAAGAGAAAUACGCAGGCAAAAGAAGAUUGUAAGCCGUGAUUCAACCAAUAGUCCAGACACCAGUGAUGCAUCAGGAGAUGAGUGUGUCUUCCCUUUCAAAGUUCGAGGAGCACCUGUGAAACGUGCCGCAGGAUACCAGCCAGAGCUCGCUUGUCUUGUUCCAUGGCCGUCCCCGUCUCAAGCGGACUCUGUGACAACUACAGCACUUAAUUCUGCAUUCGGUGUUAUCGCCCUCGGCUUAUCAAACGGCUUGGCUCUGGUCGAUAUUGCCCAGUGUGCUUUGAUAUACGCAUGGACUACUUCAGAGUUGUAUGGAUCUGACCCUACGCCUGCUAUUCAGUUGCAGGUCGCUGAUGUUUCCUCGCCGAGUCCAGUUGAGGUGCGCGAAUCUUUGUUUUGUUUGACUCUUCAACUUACUAUCGGUGCAGUGCCCAUUUCUCGUGAAACAAUUGGCGUAUCGCCAUCGACUUCGAACCACAGCUUGGAUAAACUCACCGUAAAUGGCGGGGAAUCUGUCUCCUCGACUACAUUUAUUCACUCAUUUUCUCGCCGAAAUGAUAACCGAGUCGCCCCGUGCCUUUGGGUCGGUACGAGUGCUGGAACUUCAAUCGCGCUGAAUCUGAUUCUCCCUCAGGAUCGAUUGGUUUCUACGGUCGUCGUAGCACCUUCAGGCACCAUAGUGAAACUGCGAGGGCAAGUGCUUUAUCAGACGUUCAUGGAUCAGUCGUUUUGCCUCUUGGCCGGUGGAACAGAAUCCUAUAAGGAGACAAGCAAGGAAAGUAAGGAUUCAGGAAGCCCCGAGAAGAACAUUACUAACCGAGUGAGUGUCCAUCUUUUUUUCAUAGCGUUUUACUUUUCGCGUAGGAAUUUUGAGAAAUCUCGCGAAAUAAAGGUUAACAAAAGACAGACAGACCGAUUCCAUCCAAAUUAG